CACUUCUUGAUAUUGAUUCCAAAGAUGCCUCCAAAUGCUACAUUCCAAAGAGAGGAGUCAGCGGGUCCUGAGGUCCUCGAUAAUUGCGAGUGGCUGGACGAUGUACCAAGUGGUGGUCCUCUAGAGAAAUACAGAAAAACCGCUUCUUUCUCGUGGAAACAAAUGAAAGUUGUCCUUGAAGAUAUCAAAUCCAUUCGUUUCAAGAGAACACUGUGGAAAGCAAUGGAAGAAGAUCCGGAUUUCCAGCCGAUUCACUUUUACAAUUUAAGUACCGAUGAACAAAAGAGGAUAACAGCGAAGCAAUUAGCAAGGAUGGAUCACCUCAAAUUUAUUCCCGGCCUCAUUGAUUUUCCUCACAAGGAGAAGUCAGGAUAUUUACUGGAUCUCCAUGAGGCUCUUAGUGUUUUCAAACCUGCUCUCGCUGUGAAGAUGGCCAUGGGAUGCUAUGUUUUUGGAAACGCUAUGCUGAGUCUUGGGACUGAGAGGCAUCUUCCUAUUUUCAGAGAAGUUUUUAGUAAUAAGAUGUUGGGGUGUUUUGCUCUUACCGAGGUUGGCCAUGGAAGUAACACGAAGAUGAUGCGUACGACAGCAACCUACGAUCCAGCCACACGUGAAUUUGUCAUUCACACACCUGAUUUCCAGGCUGCCAAGUGUUGGGUGGGAAAUUUAGGUAAAACUUGUGUAGUGGCUAUUGUUUUUGCUCAGUUGAUAACACACGGAGAGGGUCAUGGAUUGAAUGCAUUUAUUGUACCUGUUAGGGAUCCCAAAACAUAUCUGCCUUAUCCUGGGAUCAUAGUGGGAGAUAUGGGAGAUAAAACUGGGAUCAAUGGAAUUGACAAUGGAUUCAUAAUUUUCAGUAACUACAGAAUACCAAAGGACAAUCUGUUGAAUAGAACUGGCGACGUAACCAACGAAGGUGAAUACCAAUCGUUUUUUUCUGAUCCCCAAAGAAUUAUCGGGGCUGUUCUCGAAAAUUUAUCCACUGCACGCAUUGGAAUCAGCGGCGAGAGUGUCAAUAACAUUGGAAUAGCUUCAACCAUUGCCAUCCGAUAUGCCUCUGUUAGGAGGCAGUUUAUGUCUUCUUCGCAAGUGAAAGACCCGGUCGAAACGCCAAUCAUCGAAUAUGAACUUCAUCAAUGGAGAAUAUUUCCCUACAUGGCGGCAGGAGUCGUGACACGAGCUUUCAUGACGGAAUUCGCCAGCGAAUUCUUCAGCAACGUAGAGAAGUCCUUGGCAACUGAAGAAAUUCCAAAUAUUAGAGAAAUUGUUGGUGAACUUCAUGCUAUGAUUUCAGCUAUCAAGCCUCUCCUCACAUGGACUGCAAAAGCUGCCAUUAGUGAGUGCAGAGAGGCUUGUGGAGGUCAUGGAUAUCAUAAAGGUGCUAAAUUGGGUGAUAUGGCAGCGGAUCAUGAGCCCACGGUGACAUACGAGGGUGACAAUAAUGUCCUAGUGCAGCAAACCAGUAACUGGAUUCUUAGACAAUGGGAGGGCGCUCAGAAAGGCAUAACUGACGGCAGCCCCUUGGAUUCAAUUAAUUUUCUCUUCAAUGGGGAUCAGAUACUGGAGAAGAAAUUCACUGUAAAUCAUGUGGAUGACAUCAUGUCUUUGAACUUCGUUAGAAAUUGUUACGAAUGGUUGAUAACGUGGUUAACAAUAGAAAUGUCACGUAAAUUCCAAAUUGCCAAGGGCAAAGGUCUUGACAACUUCUCAGCAAGGAGUAAGGCACAAGUUUAUUCCGCAUCACAUUUAUCCAGAGCCUAUGGAGAGUUGACAGUUAUUAGAUACAGUGUGAGGAGGAUCGAGAAAAUGCUGCCACGUGGGAACCCACAUCAGAGUCUAGUAGCAGUUUUGGAUAAAUGUCUGUUACUCUAUUCACUCUCUUGCUUGGAGAAGCAUUUACCUUCCUUCUAUCAAGGUGGAUACUGUUUAGGACCACAAAUGGUAGAGAUCAUUCGUGAGGGUAUUCUACGACUAUGUGCUCAACUGAAGCCAGAAGCAGCCUCCAUUGUUGAUGCCUUAGCUCCGCCCGAUUUUCUUAUCAAUUCAGUCCUCGGAAUGUCGGAUGGAAAAGUAAGAGGAACAAACAAAAAAAUAAUUAUUUCCGAUGAGAAGGGAAAUAUACUCUAA